AUGAAGAUAGUUGGUGGAGCGCCGGCCAUGGAGGGAACUUGGCCUUGGCAGGUGAGCCUGCGGAUAAAUGAUGCCCACGUAUGCGGAGGCUCCCUCAUCUCCAGCAGGGUGGUCCUGACUGCCGCACACUGCAUAGCUACCCAUCAGCGAUAUACAGUGAAGCUGGGAACCUCGAAAUUGUACACCGAAGACCCAAAGGCUGUGGUCGUGCCUGUUCGUCACAUUGUAGUCCACCAGGAUUUCAAUGGUCGCUAUUUGAUAAAUGACAUUGCACUUGCUGUGCUGGCCCACUCCGUGAAUUUCUCUUCGUACAUCCAGCCUGUGUGCUUAGCAGAGAAGCUGAUGGACGUGAAAGCUGGGACGCCAUGCUGGGUCACUGGAUGGGGCCGAAUAAUAGGAAUAAGGUCAUCACCAAAACCCGAUGACCUUCAAGAGUCACCGCAAGACAUUGUUGACCAUGACGACUGCAAGGAGAAAAUUGAGGAAGCUGUGGGAUGCUACGGAUUUGGUGUGACGAAAGGGAUGAUCUGUGGCUUCCGGCUGGGCAAAAGAGUGCAGGGGCGCGCGCCGCCGCCAGAGGGCGCAAAGAAGGCUGUGGCAGUGUCCAUGGCGUCCCUAGAGGGUCCCCGCGGGGGCCUGUCCCUGGGCCUGCUGCUGUGGCUCCAGCUGGCUCAGCCCGUGCUCAGUGAGGCUCUAGGUGUGGGUUACCGAGCCAAGGAGGAAUCUGGGGUGACCAUGCUGAGCCCAGAGCCCCCGGGACCCCUGGCACCACGGAAAUCCCUGAGGAUCCCGGAAGUCACUGCAGCUCCGGGGUCUCCAGUGCCGGCUGGGCCUGUGGGACCCCUGGUCAGCCAAUCAGCGUGCGGCAAUAGAACCAUGAAGAUAGUGGGCGGAGCGCCGGCCCCGGAGAGGAGGUGGCCCUGGCAGGUGAGCCUGCAAGUCCACGAUCACCACAUAUGCGGAGGCUCCCUCAUCACCAGCCGAUUCAUCCUAACUGCAGCCCACUGCAUAUCUUCCGAUCAGAAAUACUCCGUGAGGAUGGGAGACAAAAUGUUGGUUUCUUCGUCCCCAAAUACUGUGGUGGUUCCUGUUCGAGACGUCGUCAUCCAUCAGAAUUUCAGUUUUAAGACCCUGACCCAUGAUAUUGCGCUUGCUCUACUGGCCUACUCCGUGAAUUUCUCUUCGUACAUCCAGCCUGUGUGCCUCCCUGAAAAAUCUGUGGAAGUGAAAACUGGGACCCCGUGCUGGGUCACAGGAUGGGGCCAACUGUCAGAGAGAGGGCGCAGUCCACAACUUCUUCAGGAGUUAGAGCAAGACAUUGUUCUCUAUGAAGAGUGUAAUGCGGAGUUUCAGAAGGUUUUUGGAAGUUCUAGAGACUACGUGGGAGAAGGGGUAAUCUGUAGCUACCGACCACAACGCCACAGUCCGUGCCAGGGUGAUUCCGGAGGCCCUCUGGUCUGUGAAUUCAACGAGACGUGGAUUCAGGUGGGGAUUGUGAGCUGGGGUGCUGACUGUGGUGCCACUCCCAUUCCUGCUGUUUACACACAGGUUAGUGAGUACAGGGACUGGGUGGACACCAUCCUCAGGUCAGCAGCCGUGGGCUCUGUGGAGAUCACACAGCACAGUGUGCACGAGACCAGGUCCCACCAGCUGCCUCUGCUGGUGACCUGGUGA